AUGCGCCUGAGGCUGGUGGAUGCGGUCAUUGAUGCCUGCGCGCCUCAUCUCGGUGCGGGCUGUCUUCGCACAAGUGUAGCCUCUCAAUUUGUUUUUCUCUUCGCAAAUCUUGUGAGACUUACAUUCAGUGACUCGUCUCACUCCGUGGUUCUGAAAAUUCUUGCGCCAAGAUCUACUCCGACUCCGCGGACCUGCAUCUUUUUGAAGCUCCGCACGCACUCAUACUUCCCCUCCAUCGGCCUACCUGACAUCUUGAAAACAUCCUGUCGCUCAUACAAAAAACAUGGCUGGCAAUCGUACAAUCGUCGACGUGUCGCUAAAGAACUAGCCGACAUACAUGCGGACGUGCAUUCCAAAAUUACGGUACAGCCUAUCGGCAACCAGGAUGAUGUUACACAUUUGCGAGGAACCUUCCCUGGCCCUCCAGAUACACCAUACGAAGGGGGCACGUACAAUGUGGAUAUCAAGAUCCCCACUGACUACCCAUUCCGACCCCCGACGAUGAAAUUUGAGACCAAAGUCUGGCAUCCAAAUGUUAGCAGUCAAACUGGUGCCAUCUGUCUCGAUACUCUGUCAAGUGCCUGGUCUCCCGUCCUCACAAUCAAGUCAGCAUUGAUCUCAUUGCAAUCCUUGCUGAGCACACCGGAGCCUAAGGACCCGCAGGAUGCUGAGGUUGCCAAUAUGAUGCUACAGCGACCACAGCAAUUUGAGCGUGUCGCUCGUGAAUGGGCUGUGGUAUAUGCAGGUGCCCCAUCUGGCGACUCUGGCGCUGGUCAAGAGGGUACCGCAGAAUCACCGCUCGCCAUUGACGACGAUCCUCCCGCAAAAUAUGAUGGUUACGAUGCAGGGGUGGUUGACAAUUUUCAGGCAAUGGGAUUCCAGGUGGAGGAUGUUGUGCGUGUGUUUGCUGAGCUUGGAAUCAGCAGAAACACUCGUCAACUAGACGACGGUCAAGUUGAUGAUGUUUGUGCACGGUUGCUUGCAGGUGCAUGA